UUAACAAAUCACCAAAUCACACGGACCCUAACAUUACACUUUCUCUUCUCCUUCGACCUUAUCCCUUCAUCUCAUCUCAUCUCUCAAACCCUCAAACCAAAUCCAACACAUCACAACACAAGCGCCUCUCUCUCUCUCUCUCUCUCCCCCCAAAACACCAACAUUUGUCAACGAUAAAAAAUCGAUCAAACAAAAUCUAAAAAACAGGAAAUUAAAAAAAAAAAAAGUAAAAAAAAAAAAAGAAUUUCUAGCCAAUCAGAUGGACGCCAACAGCCAGCAAGCCCAAUCGGCCUCUUACCCGCCACAGGCUCCCACCACUGGCGCCCCUGCUCCGCCUGCUCCAACGCCAUUCCAUCACCUCCUUCAGCAACAGCAACAACAACUCCAAAUGUUUUGGUCUUAUCAGCGUCAGGAGAUCGAACAGGUUAAUGAUUUCAAGAACCACCAGCUUCCUCUCGCUCGCAUCAAGAAGAUCAUGAAGGCUGAUGAGGAUGUUCGCAUGAUCUCGGCUGAGGCGCCCAUUCUGUUUGCUAAGGCUUGUGAGCUUUUCAUUUUGGAGCUUACUAUACGGUCUUGGCUUCACGCGGAGGAGAAUAAGCGUAGGACUCUCCAAAAGAAUGACAUCGCUGCAGCCAUUACUAGAACUGAUAUAUUUGAUUUUUUGGUGGAUAUUGUGCCUAGAGAUGAGAUCAAGGAUGAGGCCGGGCUUGGAGGAAUGGUUGGGGCCACAGCCAGUGGUGUGCCUUAUUAUUAUCCUCCGAUGGGGCAGCCCACUGGUGCCGGCCCUGGCGGAAUGAUGAUUGGAAGGCCCGCCGUGGAUCCCACUGGAGUUUAUGUUCAGCCACCUUCACAGGCUUGGCAGUCAGUAUGGCAAACGGCUGCUGCGGCGGAGGAUGGCUCUUAUGGAAGCGGAGGUAGCAGCGGGCAGGGGAACCUUGACGGACAAGGUUAAAUGUUAGUUUUGGAAAUUUUGUCCCUAAUGGUGCAGGGAAACUAUGGAAGUUAUAAAUAAGAGUUAAAUAAUUCAGAGGCAGUGGUGCGGUGGAAGAUAAUGAGCCUCAGCUAAUUCAACUUGGAUUUUUGCUUGCUUAUGAUCUAUGAUGUACUUUUCUGCUAUUAUUUGUGGAAGCUGUCUUUAAUUGUAAUGGCAUACAUAACUAGAAACUCCUUUAAAACUUUUUUUUAACUUAAUUUUGUAGCAGCAAUAUGAUCACUGCUGUGACUUGCCUAACUAAUGUGCAGUUUCUUGAUUUAUGAUAUCCUUUCUUGGCGAUCU